AUGGACUCAUCCAACCCAUGGAAUCUCGCCCGCUCACACAGCGGCCUCGUCUCUGUUGGCACGCACUCGCUUUUCCUCUCUGUUGCUGGGCCUCCGCGCGAGGCGCUGAAACCCGUGGUCUUGGUUGAGGCUGGCAUUGCAGAUUGCUCCAACGCCUGGCCAGCGCUUGUCCGACUCGUCUCGCAAUUCGCGCGUAUCUACACGUACGACCGCGCGGGCUGGGGACGGUCGAGUAGUAUUGAUACCUCAACGGGACCUCGCAGUGCUACUGCCAUCGCAAAUGAGUUUUCUGCGUUGCUUCGCGCUGCAGGGGUCGCUGGGCCGUACAUUCUACUCGGCCAUUCGUACGGUGGGAUUUUAGUGCGUGAACUUUUUGCGCUGAAGCCGCAUGACUGCGUGGGUCUUGUGUUUGUGGACGCAGUCAUGGAGGACGACUUGAAGAUCGAUUGGCCGUAUCCUGCGAUGCAUGGCAUGCUAGGGUCUCUAAACAUCUUUGAGGUUACAGGGUUGGUGAAGAGGACAAAGCUUACGCCUGAAGAGUGGGAGGCAUUUGAGCAAGGCGAACAUCAGCCUAGAAAUGGCGAAUCAUCGGCAGCUGAGUUCGCUGCACUCCGUCAGACAGGAGAGGACCUGGAGGCGAAGCGGCAGUUGCAGAAUUGUGCGCUGGAAGAUCGGCCUGUCAGCGUGAUAAGAGCGCAUCGUGAGAUGGAUUGGCAAAGGGUCUAUGAGGCGGGGCUGAAGGAGGGCAAUGGCACCGAGGAACAGAGGAAGAUUUUGGGUGAUUUCCUGAAGAUAAUGGGAGAUAUCUGUCGAGAAAAUCAAACCAAACUACUAAAGCUAUCACGGAAGAGUCGAAUGGUUGAGGUCCCGGACUGUGGCCAUCAAGUCAAUCAAGAGCGGCCAGAUGUCGUGGCGGACGAGAUCCAGUGGAUGAUGGAGAGUUACGUUGGUUGA